AUGGCAUUUCUAUUCAAAUCCAAAAAGAACGCGCCGCCCCCUCCUGCCGCCAAUGCCUCCCUCCCCCCCGCCAGCCGCAAUAUUCACACCUCAGAUGGAAGCAUCCCUUCUUCCUCCACCCAAAAUGGCUCCAUAGACAAAUCCACGGAUGGUCGCUCCACAACCUCUCCUCCCCCUCUGGCUAGUAUAAACAAUCCCAACGGCUCAAUCUCAUCAAUGGGCUCUCAGUUGGCGAGUGCGCCAGGCCCUGGCUUCGCUCGUCGCGAGAGAUCAGAGUCCGAGGCCGGGACCCGUCCCACCAAUCUGGGUGCUGCUGCAACUCAAGUACCCAACGCCGCCUUAUAUCCGUGGUCGCAAAGACGCCUAAAUUUCCCUACUCCCCAGUCCAACCCUUUCCCUCGCUAUGGCGCAGCGGUCAAUGCCGUGGCCUCCAAAGAUGGUGAUAUCUACAUAAUGGGUGGCUUGAUCAAUGGCUCAAUGGUUCGAGGCGACCUUUGGAUGGUCGAGUCUGGUGGUGGAAGUCUUUCCUGUUACCCCAUCGCCACUGUCUCUGAAGGUCCCGGCCCUCGAGUUGGUCACGCGAGUUUACUCGUCGGAAACGCGUAUAUUGUCUACGGUGGCGACACCAAGAUGGACGACUCUGAUGUCCUUGACGAUACCCUGUAUCUUCUUAAUACUUCAUCCCGCCAAUGGUCGAGAGCCUCUCCUCCUGGUCCAAAGCCUGCAGGGAGAUACGGCCACACUCUGAACAUUCUAGGUUCAAAAAUCUACAUCUUUGGUGGCCAAGUCGAGGGCUACUUCUUCAAUGAUCUAGUGGCCUUCGACUUGAACGCCCUGCAAAAUCCUGUAAACCAAUGGGAUUUUCUAAUCCCGAAUAGCAGCGAAACCAACAAUAUCACACAAUCAGGCAAGGCUCCUCCCGCUAGAACGAACCAUACUAUCAUCAGCUAUAACGACCAACUAUUUCUGUUUGGCGGUACGAACGGCACACAAUGGUUCAAUGAUGUCUGGACCUACAGUCCUGCUGCCAAUGCUUGGACACAACAGGAUUGUAUCGGCUAUAUUCCCGCCCCGCGCGAAGGCCAUUCCGCUGCCUUAGUCAACGAUGUCAUGUACAUUUUCGGAGGACGCACUGAAGAAGGCACCGAUCUGGGCGAUCUCGCCGCGUUCCGUAUCCCUUCCAAGAGGUGGUACACUUUUCAAAACAUGGGUCCUUCUCCAUCCGCACGGUCUGGACACAGUAUGACCGCAUAUCGAGAUAAAAUCAUCGUUCUCGCAGGUGAACCCAGCUCAGCACCGCGUGACCCAGGCGAGUUGAGCAUGGUAUAUGUCCUUGACACGGCCAAGAUUCGCUAUCCCAAUGAUGCACCUGGAGACAGCAAGGCCCCUACCAGUCCCACGAGACGACCGAGCACUGAUGUUAAAAGCAAUGCGCUUCCUAUGAGGUCGACAUCUCGAGAAGGACAGAUGGGGCAAGCCACGAGCCGCGACCAAUUUUCUGGUGGCCCGGUCCAGCGGCCCGAACCAUCAUCGCAGAACAGUUCAGCCUCCCGACUACCACGCGCCUCUGUGGCACAGGCUCCUGCUGGGCCUCCUCCUCAAGGACAACCACCCAAUCCCCGUGCUAAUGGAGUACAGUCACCCGCCAAUGGAGCCAAGGGUAAAUAUAAUGCAGGUCCUGCUGAUGCCAGAGCCCUUUCAGCUGGUCCUGACUCAAGUCGAAAUCUGCCCACGGAGCAGCCGGCGCAGGCUAGCGCUGUUCGAGAUAUUCAGAAGGAGAAUAUUCGCCCUAGUAGAGAGGCUAGUCCCAGCACUCAUGGUCGAAGAACUCCAAUUCAACGGACUGACAGUAGAGCAAAGGCGAUGGCGAUGGACGCAGGUGAAGCCGCUCCUUUAAUGAGCAGCGGAGUUGCUCGACAACGAUCUCUGCGAUCACAGCGUGCUCAAAGCUCCAUUGACAGCACGGAGGAUGGGUUACUCGGACGCGCUUCAUCCGCAAGAUACCAUGGUGAUUCUCAAUCCGACAAUCGAAGCCUGCGAAGUGUCCCAGAUGAGCCGAGAUCUCCCAAGCUGAAUCCACACCAAGAAGCUCUCCUGAAAGAAUUAGAAACCAUGAAGAAGACCAAUGCCUGGUAUGCCUCGGAAUUGGCUCUGGCUCGAAAGCAAGGCUUCCAGAGUGGUACUUCGUCGAGCCCAGCUUUCGAUGAGCGUGCUGUAAGUCAAGUCGCUGACGAUGAUCGGCCUUUGGUAGAAGCAUUCAUGACAAUGCGCGGUGAAAUCAUCAAGAUGCAAGAGGCCAUGGAACAACAAGCAUCAUCAAUGGCCCGAAAAGUGGCUGAAGUCGAGCACCAGCGUGAUGCUGCGGUAACAGAAGCUGCUUACGCAAGAGCAAAACUUGCUGCUCAUGGAGGAAGCACCCGCAGUACUCCACAACCCGACGCUUCUCGUGAAACUGAUGAACAGGAACGCUUCACUGACCUCACAAGACGCCUUGCCUUAGCUUUGGCGGCACAGGCGGAAUACAAAGCCAAGUUGGACUCCAUGUAUAAUGAGCUCAGUGCAGAGAAGAGAGCCAAGGAACUUGCAGAGCAAUCCGUUGAUGCGCUUCAACAACGGUAUGAUGAGCUACACAAGGGUAGAAACCCAGCGGAAAUUGAAGGCCUACGCGCAGAGCUUCACGAAGCGCAGAGUGAAGCUCGCGCAGAAGCUCGGCGGCGCACGGAAAUUGAGGAAGAGCUCAGAACACUACGAGUUGACCAUGGUGGUUUGAGUAGAAGCCAUCAGGAGACGAAUUCCCGACUUCAAAGCCACACUGCUUCUAUGGCAGCGCUAGAAGCAGCUGUCGCGGCCUCCGCGGGUAAGGUUGCUCUCUACGAACGACAGAUUGAAGAAGAGCGUCAGCAACGGGAAGCAUCUGAGAGGAAACUCGCCCAACUCAAAGCCGAGCAUGAAGAGCGCACCAACGAGCUGGAACACGUGUCCAAGCGCCUUAGAGAUACUGAGGAGCUUGCAGAGACCAACGCAAAGGAAGCAUCAACCCAUCGCGCAGCCCUACUUGCAGGUUUAGCUAAGAUUUCCAGCCACGAUUCGUCAUCGACCAACGACUCGCUCGUUGAAGAGAAGAUGGCAGCGUUACGAGAAUCCGCGGAACAGUCGUCACAACUUGCAAAGCGCAACCAAGAUGCUGCUGAUGCUGCUUCUCAAAAGCUCCGUAGUGCAGAGGAACGGAUUGCCGGUCUCGAAGCCUACCAAGAACAAUCAAGUCGCGAAGGUCUUCAGAUUCGUCGCCAAUUGCAGGCAGCUUUGAGAGACGCUCAAACUUAUCAACAAGAAGUACGAGAAGCGCGUGCAAAUCUUGAGAUCAACCAACGAGAUGCAAGUGCCUUGGCGGUUCAACACAGUGCGCUCAAGGACCUACUCGGGGAACGAGGCAUAAACGCAUCUGACGUGAGACGCUCUCCUAUCUUUGAUCAUUCGCCCAGCUCUCGCUUUGGUACACCCGAGCAGAGUCGCCUCCGUGAGCUCGAUCAGCAACUUCAGAACAGCAUCAAAUCACAUGAGGAGACUAAGUCACAGUUCGAAGCUCGAAUGCAAGAGGCAGACAGCACUUAUAAAGAGAAAUUGGAACAGCUUGAGAAUGAUUAUCAAUCUGCAGUGCACUAUGUCAAGGGCACCGAGAAAAUGUUGAAGAAGAUGAAAGAAGAGCUCACCAAAUAUAAGCAACAAAAUUCUCAAUUAACAACAGAGCUCGAAACCGCAAAGAGUAGCCCUUCGCCGGCACCUGAGGGUGAUAACUCACCGUGGGCAGCUGAGCGAAAGCAACUACAGUCUUCCAUUGACGAGAUGAAGACGCAGACAGCUCAACAUGUGGCACUACUGGAGUCGAACAUCGCCAAGCUGCGAAGUGAGCUAACAACUAUUCAAUCCCAGCGAGAACAACAAGCAAGUAGUCAUGCUGAACUUACACGCAAUGCUCAACGGAUUGGCAAAGAAUUGGAACAGCUCAAGACGGAGAAUUCGAUGCUCGAGCAGCGUGCAGAAGAAGCCGAGCAACGAGUUACUAUGCUGUUGGAUCAGGUCGGCCAAUCUGUGGGCAAUUAUCGACGGCAGUCACAGCUACAGCCCCUACCACAUGGUAUCAAUGGCAUCAGCCACAGUCGGGACGAGAGCACUUCAACUCUGACGGAUGCUUCGGUGAAUGACGAGACAUUAUCGCGGGAUGAACGUGGUUCUGUAGCCUUGGACAACUUGGCCUCAGAAUUGGAGACACUUAGGUCACAGUGGGAAAACACAAGCCGCAGCAACUAUCGUCUCAGCACACAGUUCGAUUCAGAAAGGACUCCAACCACCGAAUCUCAUGGAGCCGAGCUCAGUGACAGCCUAGCGGAUUGGAGGAGGCGCCUAGAGGAGGAAGAGAAGAUCGCAAAGAGAACACCAGUGGUGUAA